AUGCCGAAGAAAUUAAAAGUUGUGGUAAAAUCAUUGUAUUCGCACGAAAUACGAAAGGAUGUGAGUUUGGAAAAUUUGAAGUCGCUGAAGCUUGAGGAUGCGUGGCCUUUUAUACGGGAGGAAAUUGAAACAGAGAUUGGAAGCAGUCAGCUCGUGUGUAUUCCGCACAUAACCGAGGCUGAUCUAUACCAAGUAACGUCCCUCUUUGUUCCCAAUGAUAAGCCAAUGAAUGGUAAAAUGUUCACGCCGCUUGGAGAACUAAAAAAGAAUAUAAACGUAACCAAAUCGAGUCCUAGCUACGUCAAUUGGCUGGGAGAAACCGAUUUUCAGGAUACUACAUUCAAGUUUCCCCAUGAGAGCGUAAAGAUAACCCUGCAAGAUGAAUCAAUCAAGAACAAAGUUAGAGUGAUAAUGGUAAAUUUCACCAGAGCAACAGUUCCUAAAGACAAGGAUCUUGUGAACAAUAUUUAUUUGGACAUUGAUAAACAUAAAGAGCUUAAAGGCAAGAAAUCUGUGUACAUGAUCACAAAUGUACUCAUUGCCAAGACAAUAGAGUUCAGAGUUACAAGAGGAACAUCGUCAAGGAUUUUCCAUCUGGGGAAUGCUUCACCCUUAGUCUUUGGAUUGGAAGAGUUCUUGAUUGGUGAUGAUGGAAAGCUGAUUGCACGAGAACCUGUGACGAUCAAGUCUAAACACCUGCAUUGGCAAAAGUUGGACCCAUCUGACCAGCUCUACAUUGCUGACAAAGGUUCAUCCAGUGAAGAAUAA